GGCCGGAAGUGGAAGUAGGUCCAUUUCUGCUGGUUAGAUGAGACGGAGCACGUCUCGGCUGUGGACAGUACGCCUCGGGAAGGUGCCCGACCGUUGGGGAAGUCUAUGUGCGGUAGGGAAUGUGGCACCCGGCUAGGAGUGAGUGAAGGCACCUUGAUAAAAUGGCCUGCACACUGAGGCCGGUCGCCGAGCAUUAAGAUCUACAUCGUGGGUCAUAGCCAGUUCCCAAGACCACUUACUCGGCCUACAACAGUUGGCUCUGCCUUCAGGCAUCCGCCUGCCGCAUGUGCUUUUUACACACAUCAUAUGUGUGUUUUUCAUUUAGUCAACUCUUUCCCUCCACCAUGGGUUGUGGGCGCUACACCCCAUCCCCUUGUUCCCACGAGCACCCAGCAGACACUCAUACACACAAAAUAUAAUCUCUCCUCUCUCUCUAAAAAGCAAAGUUCAAGAAGGGUGGCAGUAAUUGUUAUUGGAGGGGCCUCAGCCCAUGGCAGAAAUUUAUCUGGGGCCAAGAAAGAGCUCUACAGUCGCAAAAACCAAACAAACAGUAACUAAACGUGCUGUAACAAAAUGGAUGUGAAGUGAAAUAGGGAAACUGGCUGCUAAAGAUGACUCCUGACAGGGUAGGAACCAAGGGAGCACAGGCGAUGUUGCUCAGUGAUUAGUGUUUGCUUACCACAUCUCUUUCAGUUUUACAGUUUGGCCCUACCCCAUUGCAGAUGCUCAUGUGGCUGGUCGCUAUCAUAGGGUACAGCCUAGAUCUGGAAUUGAUUCUGGAUAGUGGUCAGGUCCCAGCUGCAGACUGGCGGCCUGUGAUUAGAACAUAGCCUGUUUCCUCCAUCUCAAGUAGCACUAGGGCAGUCAAAGAGGAGGCAUUAGCACAUGGCCAAAAAAUAAAAAUUACUGUGCAGAACUUGACAAUACGCAACAUGCUGAGGCUACAGUAAUUCUGUAAGCCUGUCUGCUAGACCCUUGGUAGCAUUUGUGCGUUCCUACUGUGUGUCAGCGAGACCUUGAAAGGGUACUCUGCAUCUCUAGGUGGCAUUCCCCCCCAUACACACACACCCAGUGAGUGACAUGGGGAGGAAGGUCUAAACAGUUCUCACGCCCACAUGGACCUGAAGGACCUGCCUUGCAGAAUGGAAGAAGACUCAAGCAGAUUUAAAAUCCACACUGCAGUUUUUUACAAGAAAAAAAAACGGUCUUCUGUGUCUGAGGAAAGACCCCAGAUAAGAACCCCUGAGACCCUGGAGAGUGAGCGUCCUCUGGUGUCCAAGCCAGGGAAGAAGAGGAAGAAGGAGUCCCGGACACCAGCCCCUGAGACUCUGGAGAGUGAGCAUCCUCCGGUGUCCAAGCCAGGGAAGAAGAGGAAGAAGGAGUCCCAGACACCAACCCCUGAGAGCCUACAGAGUGAGCAUCCUUGGGUGUCCAAGCUGGGGAAAAGGAAGGAGUCCCAGACUUCAGUCCCUGAGAGCUUGGAAAGUGAGCAUCCUCGGGUACCCAAGCUGGGGAAAAGGAAGGAGUCCCAGACUCCAGCCCCUGAGAGCUUGGAGAGUGAGCAUCCUCGGGUGUCCAAGCCGGGGAGGAGGAGAAAGGAGUCCCAGACUCCAGCCCCUGAGAGCUUGGAGACUGAACAUCCUCGGGUGUCCAAGCCGGGGAAGAGGAGAAAGGAGUCCCAGGCUCCAGCUCCUGAGAGCUUGGAGAGUGAACAUCCUCAGGUAUCCAAGCUGGGGAAAAGGAAGGAGUCCCAGACACCAGCCCCUGAAAGCUUAGAGAGUGAACAUCCUCGGGUGUCCAAGCCGGGGAAGAGGAAGAAGGAGUCCCAGACUCCAGCCCCUGAGAGCUUAGAAAGUGAGCAUCCUCAGGUGUCCAAGCCGGGGAAGAGGAAGAAGUCCCAGACACCAGCCCCUGAGAGCCUGGAGAGUGAGCAUCCUCGGGUGUCCAAGCCAGGGAAGAGGAAGAAGUCCCACACACCAGCCCCUGAGGGCUUGGAGAGUGAGCGUCCUCACAUAGCCAAGAGGAAAAGAAGGAGGGAGUCCCAGACACCAGCCCCUGAGAGCCUGGAGAGUGAGCGUCCUCACAUAGCCAAGAGGAAGAAGGGGAGGGAGUUCCAACAACUUACUUCUUCCCUUCUGAAAAAUUCAGAAACCUUCCAUAAAGCCAAAAAGACCAUUUCUACCCAUAAAAAAAAGAGAAGUAGUGUUUGGGAGGUGGAUGUGGAAACAGGGAUCAUCCUUGUAAAUAAAGAAAACAUAGAGAACCUGCUGGAGAGUUCUAGAAAAGAUGUGGAUAUUGUUUAUGUAGAUGUGAGCAAGGGACAAAAGUCAGCAGAAGUGGACAAAGCAGAGGAGCUGUCUGUUGCCGAGUCCCACAAACAUGACUGUCAAGAGCCGCACACUGAUGUUAGGAGCAAAAAGAAUCAAAAGCAUCCGAAGAAAGUUGCAUCCUGGGAUGCUGUACAGGAAAGCCAGCAUGAGAACAUCAUCUUGCCCCACUCAGAAUCCAUGUCUUCUGUGGAUCUGGAAGGCAAAAACACAGAACUAGCAGUGUCUUGUAAAAAGAAAUCUAAGAAAAAAGUGUUCACGAACCAGGAAUUGGGGGUCGUGCCUGAGAGUGUUGGUAGCACACACCCUGGAAGAGAGGUUGGGACUGGAGAAGGAGGUGAGAGGAUCAAAGGAUCCCACAGUAUCAGGAAAAAGUCUAAGAAAAGGAAGUGUGCAUCUGUUCCUAUUGCCACCUCUAGUGACAAUGUCUCACUGCUUGACAACAAUGUUGAGAAUGCUCUCGUGGAUUCACUGGAUGGCGGCGGCAAUGCUUUGAGUGAAGAGGAUGUGGACCACAGACCAAGGGAGGCAGAAACCCAGGCUUGUUCCAGCGAGAAGCAUGCAGAAGAGAUGCAGGGGUUAGAAUCCACCCCUGAAGAAGAAAGCAAUUUGGAAUCAGUCAGCAAUUCCGCAAAAAGAUAUGUUUCUGAAGAUGGGAGAGACUCUGACGAAUCGGAUGUGGAUUUGGGCGCUGCAGUGAAGCAGCUCCAAGAGUUCAUUCCUGACAUACAGGAAAGGGCAGCCACCACAAUCAGACGCAUGUAUCGGGAUGACCUGGGGCGAUUCAAGGAAUUUAAGGCACAAGGUGUUGCUAUUAGAUUUGGCAAAUUUUCUGCUAAAGAAAAUCAACAAAUAGAGAAAAACGUGCAAGAAUUCCUGUCCCUGACUGGAAUUGAGAGUGCAGACAAGCUACUGUACACAGACAGAUAUCCAGAGGAGAAGUCUCUGAUCACCAAUUUAAAACGAAAGCAUGCAUUCAGGCUGCACAUUGGGAAAGGCAUUGCGCGGCCCUGGAAGCUUGUGUACUAUCGUGCAAAGAAGAUCUUUGAUGUGAAUAAUUACAAAGGCAGGUACAAUGAAGAAGAUACUAAGAAGCUAAAGGCAUACCAUUCCCUCCAUGGAAACGACUGGAAAAAGAUUGGGGCAAUGGUAGCUCGAAGCAGCCUCUCUGUUGCCCUGAAGUACUCUCAGAUUGGUGGUCAUAUAAACCACGGUGCUUGGAGUAAGACCGAAACCCAGAGACUAAUCAAGGCUGUGGAGGAUGUGAUCCUAAGGAAAAUGUCUCCCCAGGAGUUAAGAGAACUGAAUUCUAGACUCCAGGAAGACCCUGACGGUCGCCUGUCCAUUGUCCGGGAAAAACUGUACAAGGGCAUUUCAUGGGUGGAAGUGGAAGCCAGAGUGGAGACCAGAAACUGGAUGCAGUGCAAAAGUAAGUGGACAGAGAUUCUCACCAAAAGGAUGACCCAAGGUGGGUUCGUGUAUCGUGGGAUCAAUGCUCUGCAGGCCAAAAUCACCCUUAUUGAAAGGUUAUAUGAACUAAAUGUGAAUGAUGCUAAUGAAAUAGAUUGGGAAGAUCUUGCUAGUGCCAUAGGGGAUGUCCCUCCACCUUUUGUUCAGGCAAAAUUUUAUAAGCUGAAAGCUGCCUGUGUUCCUUUUUGGCAGAAAAAGACUUUUCCAGAGAUCAUUGACUACUUAUAUGAGACCAGUCUGCCUUUGCUGAAGGAAAAGUUAGAAAAGAAGAAGGAGAAAAACAGUAGCCAGAUCCAGAUGCCCUCAGCUCCCAAACAAGACUUCCUGUUCAAAGACAUCUUCUAUUGCGAUGAUGACAGCGACGGAGAGGGCUCAGAGGAGCCCAGUGCCCCUGGUGUGCAGUGACUGUGGCCCUCCUCUUCCUCAGGCUGGUCUCGGUUCCCUUGGACCUCUUCCUGUGCAUCUCCUCUUCUGGGUGGACUGCUGGUGACCAUAGCUGCUGGCACGCUUGCGUUCCUUGUGGAAGCUCAGCUGUUAGUCUUGGAAGAGUUUGUCCAGCUGAUGCACAGCUCCCAUGGAGUCUCAGUACAGGGUGAAAGGAGGCUCCUCUAUCAGUCAGGAAAGCGAAACCACCAUGGGUGUUCCAGAGAGAGAACUUUCUACAGGGGUUUAGGUAACAAAAGGUGUUCUAUGAGAUCACACUGCACAGGCAGGGGGGGGGGGGUCACAAGAUUGAGGCCAGCCUGGGCUACAUAAUGAGACCUUGUCUCAAGCAUACACACACAUAGAUUGUUCAAUGGGAUGCUGGAGCCAACAGGAGAAGUGCAUUGCCCAGAGAGCAGCAGCACUGCAGAGAAGCUGUGUAGUCCUGCAGACACCCCAGUUUUCCCAUGUUCCAACCAGCUGCCUCCAUACCCCAGGCUGUCCACUGCCGCUGGCCUGUAUCUCUCCAUCAGCACAUGCCUCUUUAGAGACAUGUGUCAAUGUGUGAUCUUGGCAGAAAUCUGCUGCAAGGGAGUCUGGGACACCAAGUGUUCAGACUUGUAUCCCAUCUGUGCUGGGGAGCACAGAGAAAGGAAAGUGUGGCAAAUUGUACCAUAUGCUCUGUUCCCAUUGGUGCCCCUCCGCACUCUCCUGUCCCCCUAGAGCUCUCAGAUGUCAUUUUUGUGGCACCAUUAGAAGGUGGGCUAGAGCAGCCACAGGGGAAGGAGCACACUAAUGGGGACUUGGGCUUGUCACUGUACCCAAGCACUCUGCAUAGACAUGCAAAUAACGUUGAGCCGUCUGGUGGUGCGUAUGCGUCUCAGGUGGGGGCAGGAGAAUUGGGAGGUCAAGGCGUUCCUUGCCAAAGAGGUUCUAGGCCAGCCUGGGCUACAGAAGACCCUGUCUCGAACAAACAUUGAGUAAAUGUCUUAGUACAUGCUUCUUACAUAGCCUUCUCUGUCCCUCAGACAUUCUAGUCUCAGUGCUGACAGGACUAACUUAUUCCUACAGAAAUAAUAGUAUUAAUGUAUAGACCAAUGCUAUGUUUGUAAUAGAGAAAAAAGAAAAAUAUUAAAUAUUCUUUAAUAAGAAGUAUGUUAAGUCAUGGUAUGGGCUUAGAAUGGAAUAUUAUAUGGUAAAUUAAAGUGAUAACAAUAGAUUUGAUUGACAUGAAAGUAUAUUUUUGUGAAAUAUUUCAAAGGAAUAUAUAUAUUUUCUUAAUUUUGUAAAACUUAAAAAUAAAAUUGGUUGUUUAUACAGUUG